AUGGCUCAAGGAUCAAAAGAUGAGCGAGAGCACCUUGGUGCUCUUCUGAAAUUCGAUAGGUGUAAGCAAUGGAUACUGCACCUUCCCCUCCGGGGGAUAAUCCCGAUGAUCUACAAGAUUUGCCUGCUGCUUAUCAUCAGCAGGCCGAACGGUGUGAGUCGGGAGGCCAGAACCAUCGCUGCAACAGAACCGGAAUAUGAGCGAGUCUUAGGUGGUGCUGGGCGUGAUGGUACGCAGCAGGGGGACAACAUGAGUGGUGCCACCUCUGGAAAUGUGAUUGCACAGCAAGGAGACUGUGUGGUCACCCAGACCUGCGAACAGGAAAUGGCCAUCGCAGCACCUCAGCUUUAUGGCGCAGAACAGCUGGAGUUGGAAGUUCGGCGUCAGGUGGAGCAAGCAAUGGAACACCAGAAGAGCGUUGUGGAAGAAAACCAGAAGUUAAGGCUUGAGGUCCCGGCCCCUCUGAACCUCAGCCUGUUGGAGACGCAAUGCUCGAAGGUAAUCUUGCAGGAAAUCCUGGUGCACUUUGGGGUCAUGAUGGAAGGCAAGGCGGUGAUCGGGCUUUGGGCUUGCAUGGAGAACCUCAAGGAAAUGCGCGAGGACCUAAAGGGCGUGAAUUCGGGCGUCUACGGGAUGAAAGUGGACUACCUGAAGCUCAUAGUGUAUUUUGGGGUAAUCCUGGAGGACUUCGGAGGUCGAACUUUCUGGGCUUCACUGAGCGUUACGGGGUCUCAGAGGGUGAUCUUCCGGUGGAUCGUGGAGCGAGUAAUCUUGCAGGACUACCGGGACAUGGUCGUGAGCAUGGGGGUCGGUUAUUUAGUCUCUCCGGCGUACAUGGCUCUGUUCCAGCAGCUGGUGACGGGGCAGGACCAGGCUCUUGUACAAGGGAUGUCACAACUGCAAGCUGCUAUGGCCUUACAGCUCGGGCAGAACGCAUCGCGACCCGAAACAAUUCGUCCUGGGGUGGCAGCAUCAGAGCUGCCGAAGUUGAGUGAAGCCGAUGAAAUGGCCGCUAUCAACGUCAGUGAUUGGUUGCAUGGACUGAGCGGUCCGAUCGGAGAUCUCACAGACGGCAGUGCUCAGUGGUGGUCUCAGGUGUUGGUCUCGCUGGAGUCGGUCUACAAAGACUAUGUCAAUGCUACAGCGGUUCGUAAGUUACAAAUGAAGGCGGACGACUACGCGCAGGCGAUCCCCGAGAACAUCCGGGUGGAGAUUUUAGCGAAUCGCUUGCAAAGCACCUUGGCGAUACUGGCACGGAUAUUGACGAUCUAUAGGCGGUGGGCUCGGUGGCUGAAGAGAGCCCAGGACUUGGGGCUCCAGGUGCCAGAUCCUUCCAUUCUCCUUCGAGGACUGGAGCAGGCAGCAAAGACACAGUUGGAAAAGCAUGGGGAGGUGGCAUUUCGAGCAAAUAUGCUUCGAUACAGUUUGGAGCUUGAUGCCUCUCCGACCCUUUCAUCGAUCGUGAAGUUCCAGUCCCACCUCUUGGCGGAGUUCGAGCAGAUCGCCUACCGUGGAAGGACUAAGGGGAGUUCCGGGACAACACCUCCUCUGAAGGCUGUCGGGGCCUACGGGAAUGACAGCGGUGGUUCGGAUGUAAGUUCAGCCACGAUUGGUCCAACGUUCCCGAAGAAGAAAGACAUGAACGAUGCAAAGGCGUUGAGGCUUCGAGACCUGAUGGAGGACGUCAAGUACCACAAGCGAAGGCUAAGAGGAGACGUUAACGACUUCCUCAAGAACGCCACUCAGGUUUUGAAGAUGAUGGCAGAGCAGCAGUCCACCACUGGACCGGCGCCUUCUAUGAAAAUGCUGAAGAAAGUGAUCAAGGACUAUGAAGGGCGUAUGGCUUUGGUGGAUUCGGGCGCCACUCAUCCUCUGAGGGUGGCGUCCAAUUUGGAGUGGCAGGGUGCUGGAGAAGUGGAUGUAGUGGUGGCUGGAGAUGGAGUUACACGAAUGCGUCAGAAUCCCAACGGUACCUUGCUCAUGGAACCAGAGACCAGAGGAGCACAGACUAUUCUGCCUCUGGGAAGCUUGGUGAGUGUUCUCGGCUAUGACUUGGUGUGGACAAAGAAGAAGUGCAUUCUUCGAGACCCUGAGGGUGAGGAGUUGGCUCUGAAGGUUACCUCGGGGUGUCCCGAGUUAAGUGAGGCAACGGUGCUGGAGUUGAUCGCAAAGAUCGAGCAGGGCAAGAUUGAGCGCCUAGCGGCGAGCACAGAGGCAACGCGCCAAGCUAUGGCAAGGGCCAAGGAGGUACAAGCAGAUCUGCUUUGGGAAAGAAGCAUGAGGGAGUAUGUGAUGAAAGGGAAGUUUGAGGACGGCUUUCGUGGUAUUGUGUCUAUGCCAUGGGUGACUGAGGACCUUCGCGGUGAGAUCGCUCGGAUCAUUACGGACCUGCCGGAGGAUGACAAGGAGGCUUGGGACUUGAUGCAGUCAUUGGGUUUCAAUCGAAGAAUGCGCAAGAGGUUGAUGGGGAAGGACUGGAUUGUCAAGCUAUGCAGUGGUCGGAGGUCACCAAUGGACAAAGUGUUCAAGGCGGUGGAGAAUAACGGCACGGUCGUGUUGGACAUAGAUGUGCAUCGGCUGCCCCAGCUUGACCUUUUCCAAACCGGAUCCAGUGUGAUGAUGUUGCUGUUAUGGGGUGGAGCUACAGGGAGGAUCGCGGGCAUAGUUGGUGGUCUUCCUCGAAACAAUGCCCUGGAACACUCAUUGAGAGCAACUAUUCUACACGAGGUGGCCUCGGCGGGAAGGGGAGCGAUGUGUUCGGACGCGGAUGUCCCUUCGGAUGGUGUUGCUUUCUCACUGUGGGCUUCGUCGGAGUCGGAAGAGGAUGAAUCGUCGCUUCUAUGGAUGUUCAAGUGGUUCCGCAGGUGGAUGCUUGAAAACCAUAUGGACAUGUGCCAUUUCGAGCAAGGAGGUUUUGGGCACCCAAGAUGUCGACCUACAACGAUGGCUACCAACUUGGAUGUGGCUGAGCUAAAGGGUGUGCGAGACUCCAGGCAACACACAGAAGAGGAGUGCGGUUCAUGGUCCUCCUGGGCUCCUAUGAUGGUUCGGGUGCUUGUUCAAGGUCUGAAGAGGUGGAAGCUUAGACCUGGUUGGUAUUCCCGGAUGGUGAAGGCGCUAAAGGCAGUGGACAGAAAAGCCUGGGAGAAGCACUUGGCCAACGACCAUGUCCCCUACCGUCCAGAUUGUCUUCAGUGUAUCCACAACGCCACGGGGAGACCUCAUAGAAAAUGUUUACACCGUGAUUGCUAUGUGCUGAGCGCAGAUACUCUGGGACCAGUCCGAGUUUCGGGAGUGCGGGGUGAAAGGUAUGCAAUGGUUUUUACGUAUCAGUUCCCAAAGCAGAAGAUGGUUCCAAAGGAUCAUCCAGUACCUGAUGGUGAACUUGAUGGCCGGUCCUUGGACGCAAGAGUGGACGAGAAGCCUAAGGCAGCCGAGGACGAGGAGCUCCUUGAGGAACUGAGUGAUUACGUUCCUAGCGAAGAUGCCCCUAAUGAACCAGACGGUGAACUUCCUGAGCUGGAGGAGGCCCUGGGUGAUGGAGCGGGAACUCAAGGAGAGGCAGAUGUAAGGGGACCUACAGCCAAGGCCGCCAAGAAGAAGGAGGUGUCAGAUGAUUGGUGGGAGUUUCGCGAGUCGGCUGGGGUGUUGAUUAGACAUCAUGUUACUCCAAGGACUACCUUGUUCAGGCCCACGGCAUGGAAUGGCUGUCCUAUUUCUCCUAGUGUUCUCGACUAUACCAGGGUGACGGAGGUGAAGUACGUGAGCGGGGGUGUGGAGACAGAGACUUCGGACUGGCAUGGUCUGCAAUCAGGUUCGAGGGCACUGGAGCGUUUGUGGACUGGAAGAACUACAUUUACGGUGUCGCCAGCGGAGGUGUUGGAGGAUGAAGAGGAACUCCAAAAGGACGAGGAAACGUGGGAGAAGAUCAUCGGUGACCUUACCAAGCCGGUGGAGAUGGAUACGCUGUAUUUGGUCUAUCCCGUCAGAGCUCGUCAAGGAGGAGACAUUAUGUUGGCGGUUCAAGAAGCAGUGUUAAGGUUGAAGUUGCUUGGGCUUCCAGUGGCUCGACUACACUCUGAUCGAGGAUCAGAGUUUGCUUCAAAGGGGCUGAGGAAAUGGUUGUUGGAUCACGACAUCUACAACACCCGCUCUGAAGUACUGGUGCCCCAAACUAAUGGAGCUGCUGAGCGAGGAGUUCGUUGGUUUAAGACAAUGGCCAAGGUGUUGAUGUCGGAAGCAAAGGUUGCGUUGAAGUAUUGGACGCUGGCUAUGCAGCACGCUGCAAACAGGAGGUUGCACGAACGCCUUGGACUCACGUCCCCGAAACUCCUUCAGUUCGGUUCCAAGGUGAUGAUUCGUCGUAAGGUGUUCGGGAACAACAAGAAGUACGACCUGACAGACCGGUGGGAAGAAGGUACCUAUCUUGGUCUAUCACUAUCAAGCGAGGUAGAUGAUGGAGGAGGAGUGGGUGAUAUACCAGGGGCUGAGGUUCCGGUGGUGGAAUUGCCGGAACCGGACUAUCGGAUCUCUGGCAAGCAACCUCCUCCAAGACUUUGUGCCCUCAAAGGUUCUGGAGAAGUUGGGGAUCAACGUACCAAGGUGAUAUCUGGUUGGACGAUGAGAACCCUCAUUCAGCAACAAGAAGAGAAGGCUAUGAACUACUACCACGCGGGCAUGUUCAAUUUGGAUGAUUGCGCCGAAGUACUACGUGAUGUUCAUCUUGGGACAAAGGCGAAAAGGAAGACUCGGGGUGUGAAUACAUCGGCAUUAAUCCUGGGUGCCUACGUUCAUGGAGGUGUUCGAGGAGACUUUGGGUACUACAAAACAAGGCAACCGUCAUGGACUACGUUGGGUGUUUUCCGGGCGAAUGAGAUCCCUCCUCAUCGUGAUCUUCGCAACAAGCCGGGCAUGGCAAACUUCGUAUGGAAGUGGGAACCAAUGAACCUAGAGGGCUAUGGCUUUCAGAUGCGCAUGAGCUUUGUGACGGUGAUGGAACAAGUGGAAGGGACCUUCGUAGAGAACUUCCAGAUGGAACUGGGAGGACGAGGAGAACUGGAUAAUCGCUGGGUUCACACCACUGGGAGUGGAGACAAUGCCACCUCACCCAACCGCUAUCUUGAGCAGACAUGGUUUCCCAUUGGAUGGUACCGAAGCUCUACAGAAGGGGGAACAUCAGACGAAGAGAACGUGGAGGAAAAGGUAUCGCCGGUCGAGGCAAAGGACAUCGAGGUCGAGGAGCUGCUGAGGAUAGCUGUUGCGCUGGCUGUGAAGAUGAGGUGGUGUAUUGCCAGUACAGACGUGUCCAACGCUUUUACCCUGGCACCCAUGCCGAAGGACCUGAUGUAUGCUCUGACGCCUCCUACUAUUGUGGUGCUAGCCGGUGCCGCUUCACCAGGCGAGACCUGGCAGAUCACCAGGGUCCUGUACGGACUAAGGGAGGCACCCCGACUUUGGGGUGGCUUCAGGGAUGAUCGUUUGGCUAGCGCGCGCAUUCCGUAUGAAGACAAGAUUAUCGUGUUGACAGCAACAACGACAGAUGAGAAUUUGUGGAAGGUCACGUUCGAGGGCAACCCAGAAGUUCAGGGACUGGUAUUAGCCUAUGUGGACGACUUCUUGAUGUUGUCAGCCCGUGGAAUCGUGAAGACAAUCUACGAGUGGUUGAUCACUGACUGGAAGUGCACCAGCCUGGAAUGGGUUGAAGAUGGCUCUUUGAGGUUUUUGGGGAUGGAACUACGUGUACGGGGCGAAGGCAUUCAUCUAUCUCAAGCAGGUUACGUUCGUGAUCUACUACGUCAACAUGGAAUCAGUGAGGACCUUGGAGGUGGGUUGACAGUUCCGUGUAAUCGAGAAUGGCUACAAGACGUGGACUCAGAUGAAGAAGUCGAAGCACCGGAAGAGGCUACGAUCAAGCUGGCUCAGAAGGAGAAGGACGACCCCAUGAUGGUCGUUUAUUCUGACGCCUCGUAUGCGGAGUUGUACGAGGGUUGCGCUGCGGUCCAACUAGGUGUUAAAGAGGAUCUUCCGUUGGAGACAUCAAUGGAGUUCUACUUCGUGGCCGGGAUUUCAGUGGUUGCGGCAGUGGGCUUAUGGGAGUUUGUGAAGAAGUUGAUUAA